AUGAGUGAGGACGAUAGUAUGUUUUAUUGCUCAUUUGUUAGUAUUCACUAUAUAAUCUGUGAAUGCGGCGAGACAUUUCCAACCGAAGAUGAUCUUAGAUUACAUUUGGAGAAAGAACAUCCUCAUAAAAAAGAGAAAAAAGAAUUUAAAUGUGGCGUUUGCGACAAAACCUUCUCUCUGGAAGAGGAAUGUGUGAGGCACUACGAGGAGGCGCACAUAGAUCUGGACUUGGACCAGGAGGGUACGGAGACCGAUGAUGUAUUCCUUGGCUACACGGAUCCUAAUGAAGUGGAGGUUCAGAUACAAGGGAAUGUUGUUCAGAAAGUUGUCUGUGAAUUUUGCGGUGAAGUUUAUGCUUCUUGUACGACCCACAUUUGCUCCCUGAAGUUUGAACCCAUCGAAUCUGAAGCUAAAGUCAGAAAAUACAAACAGCCGAAGAACAUUGUGUGCGAAGUGUGCGGCAGGAAAUAUACUUCAAAUGCAGCACUGAGGUACCACCAGAGAGUGCACACAGGAGAACGCCCAUACAAAUGCCACAUGUGCGAGAAAACAUUUACAAUGCCCUUGUUCUUGAAGGUCCAUGUCAGAACUCACACCGGAGAGAAGCCCUAUCAAUGUCUCCAGUGCCCCAAAGCGUUUAGUAACAAAGCAGCUCUAUUGAGACACGACCGUGUCCACACCGGAGUAAAGCCGUACAAGUGCCCGAAAUGUGGCAAGGCCUUCAGCCAGUCUAACUCAAUGAAGCUACACGUCAGCACCGUGCACCUGAAGAUGCCGGCUCCGUACAAAAGCAAGUACAGGAAGAUGAUGGCGAUGCAGCGAGUUAAGAAUAAUUCUUCAAGCGAUUCAGAUAAGAAAGGCAGAAGCAAUGCUGAAAUCGAACGUGCAGUUAAAAGUGUCAGUGAUUUAGUGAAUGUUAAAGAAGAAAGUGACGAGGAGAAGGUGGUGGUUAAGAGUGAGAGUGCGUACGAUAUGGGGGAAGCAGUCCUGUUUGAUGAGAUGGGUAACGAGGUCACCUAUGAAGUUGUUUACGACUAAAUGAAUGAGUUAAUGGUCAAAGAUGACUCUCUGAGAAGAAGUGAUUACUGCAGUCAAGCGGCUUGUUAGCGGUAGGCAGCGGCUUGGCUCUGCCCCUGGCAUUGUUGACGUCCAUGGGCGACGGUAACCACUCACCAUCAGGUGGGCCGUAUGCUCGUCUGCCUACAAGGGCAAUAAAAAAAUAUGUCAGAUUGAAGGGCUAUGCAAUAUAAUUCAGUCUUUGACCUCAUGUCUUGAUGUCAUUGAUGAGACUCACGUUCUGAGGUAUAAGGGCUCUUCUGACUAAAGGACAGCCGUGAAGUUGGUCACGGGCUUAGAGUAAUAAACAAAUGUAAAUAAUAUAUGUCUAGUAAUGUGAAGUUUAAUUUGAAAUUUCCAAAACUUGUGUAGUUCUGUUGUCGUGGUUACUAAAUAUGUCAUUACUGCGAUGUCAUAUCUCUAGUAAAUUAGACGAAAUGAAAAUAUCAUAAGGAAAAUUGAAUUGUAGUAAAUUGUAUAUUUGCGACUCCCAAUUAUACGAAUACUAAGUUAUGAAGUUGGAAUGUGAAUUAUUCUUUUAAUUGCAUUUUUUGUUUGUAAAGAGGAAUAAACGUAUACUUAAUUAAUCUGUAUUUUCUAUACUAAUAUUAUAAAGAGGAAAGAUUUGUUUGUUUGUAUUGAAUAGGCUCCGAAAGUACUGAACCGAUUUGAAAG